AUGGACUUAGAAACAGCACGCGCAAACUAUCCAAACAGAUUAGAGAGGUUAGAAGAAGAACGUCUUAUGGACAUACCUUUCGAUGUUACUGAGCCUCAAGUUGAAGGACACGACGGCUUUGCCAGAUUCUACUGGAAACAUGACGAACAAUUGCAUCCUUUGAGAAGGAAAAAAGGAAAAGGUGAAGACGCACAUGCUCCCAUGGAAAGAACAAGAUAUGCAUAUGAGAAGUAUCGUGAAGUUAGAAGUCAAAUUACAUCUGGUCGAACCUUUACAGUAAACUUUGACGAAGGAAAGAACAAAGAAGGCUUCAUGGGUGUACUUGCUGCAAUUCAAGACGGAAAUAAGAAAGGAUACAAUCUCAGACUAACCGUAACAGAUUUGGACGGUCAUAUAUACUAUGCACAUGGCAAUGUCACAACAGCUGCAAUGCUUCUUGACGCUUUCAAGACUACAAAGAGAGAACAAAUGGUUGACUCCGACUCAGACAUUUUGAAUGCAAUUGAAGGAAUUUCAAGCGUCAAGUUCGAAUGGUACCAACCUAACCCUCAAGCAGUCAGACAACAUGCUGGAUACUUCCCGUUCAUAAAUAAGUCUGACAUUGACUUGACAAGGUAUGGAAUUUACAAUUCAAUUGAAACAAUUGUCAAUGAACCUUGUAUUCUUACAUGUCUCAGGAACUCUGGUCUUGUUUCAGAAGAGAAGAUGAAGUAUCUUGAGUCAUGUGUGAAGACAAGGUACAUUCUCAGAGGUCAAUUGGCAAAAAUUGCACCGUUGGCAAAUGUCAAUAUCCGAGUCAACAUACCGACUGAGAAAGGUUCUUCGCACGAUGACUAUGUUGUUGACAAAGACUUACCAUGGUUGAAGAUUGUAAUUGUCCACAACCACUUCAUGUUGAACGAAAGUCUUACAAACCCAUUGUUCGGAAAAGGCAAGUGCAACAUUGUCAGAGCUGUAAACAUUCUUUUCGAGAAAGGUUUGUUGGAACCAAUUCCAGAUGACAAGCUGACAGAAACUUUUGUACCAAAAGACGAAACAAACUUUUCAUUGUUAGCAAGACCAAAAGUUGUUCCAGACAAAGUUCUAGUACAAAAGAAGUACACAAUUCCAAAAGGAGUUGGAUUGUUCGGAUACCAACCUGAACCAGAAGAACUUCCAAUGAGGUUGCAAGAACUUCAAGAUGCUAUAAACAAACUUCCAUUGAGACAUCCAAUUGACGUCAAAUUGUAUUGGAGAGCAUCUGAGUUAGGUCAGAAGGUUUUAUAUGAAACAGGUUGCUUCGACGAUGUUUAUGAGAUAACAGGAGAAGUUUCUCAGAAGAUAAGAGACUCACUUGAAUUUCCACGAACUGGACCCAUUGGUUGCGACAAGUUCGACUCAAACGAAAAAAUAUACUAUGUCGACCUUAACGCUGCGUACAUGAGGUUUGUCCAAUAUAUUCCAACUGGAAUUCCAAACGAAGAUGGUGAGUUCCCAGGAAGGAACUAUACAGUUGGAAAAGUCAUACAACAACU